GUUCUACAGUGGAAAGCACAGCAGGAAGAGGCUGCUAAACUAGAAGCUGCUGUAGCUGCCAGAAGAAAAGAAAAGAAAGAUGAGAAAGAAAGGCUACAGAAAGAACAGGAAAUGAUCUGUAGAGCUCAGGAAAAAGAGAAAGUGAAAAAGUACUGGGCUGAGAAACAGCUCAAGUGGCAAGAACAGGAAGAGAAAGAUCUACAACGUCUGGAGGAAUUAAGAAAAUUAAUGGCUGAACAAGCAGUUAAAGACAGAGAAAGGGUAAAGUUUAGACAAGCGUUGCUAGAAAAACGGUUGCUGGAGAAAAAGGAACUGGCCCUUCAAAAAGCACGUGAAGAAGAGGAAAAAGAUAAAUGCCUGGAAGCACUCCGACAACAGGUUGCCAUUGUUGCAAAAUUAGAUCCAGCUAGAGUAGUGGCCGAUACGGUGGCAUCUAAAGCUCGGAUGGGCAUUGGAACCAAAGAAGAGUUUGACCUUCAGAAGCCACUGUUUAAGUUGCAUACGUACAGUGAACAGCAGAUCAUUUCUGACCCUAGACUUCGUGUUGAGCUAGCUCUUCGAGAAGCUGGACUUCAUAAAACACUUUAUGCCAGAGAAAUUUUACCAAAAAUUCCUCCACUGAAGCUUCCAAGAAGAGAUAUGGAAUCUACAGCUUUUAAAAUGUAG